AUGGCCGCUUCCAUCCGCACAAGUCGGCGUCCGGCGCGCAAGCCCACGGGUGUCGCGAGAGAUGACUCGGACGACGAACUAGGCGUCGAAGAUCUUCCGUGGAAAUGGCUCUACGAUCGUGCCACUACGAAAUCUCCCGAUACACACGAGCAAAGCGACAUCCCCCGGAAACGCAAGAGAACAGUCAGCGGACCGCGAAUAGUUGGUGCCGGCCUCGGUACCUUUCAGUGCUUUGUUGGCGAUUGUGUGCUCCUCAAAGCUGAAGGAUCGAAAGAAGCCUGGGUUGCUAUCAUUUGCGAGUUCGUUGAGGACGACGAAGGAGAGAAGGCGGCAAACUUCAUGUGGUUCUCCACGGAAAAAGAAAUACGCAACAAAGAGAGGAAGAGGCUAGACUUUCUGCCUAAUGAGCUGUAUAUCUCCCCUUCAUGGGACGUCAAUCCCUUAGCUGCUAUAAAUGGCAAAGCCAUUGUUCUUUCUCCGCGCAAAUUUGCCCAAAAGUACCCAUCCGGAAAGGUGCCUCGAUCCUCGCCUGACUAUGGCAAGGUAUUCAUCUGCCGGCGUGGAUGCAACACAAGGACAGCAGCAUACACAGAUGAAUUUGUAUGGGAGGAUAUCUAUCAGGCCAACGACCUAGGCGUACAUGACCUCAUACAGUUUGCUAAAUCCCACACCAAGUCGACAAAGAGGCGUCUGGGCAGAAGGGAAUCGACACCAGAACAAUCAUAUGCUCUUCCCGAAGGCACUGGCAACCUAGCGACACCGAAACGGACGACCAAGCUGGAUGUUUCUACGCCCCGUGGAAGUGAUCGCCUUGUAACGACACCAUCAUCACGGAAACGCGUCGUGAAGAAGACUUUAGAGUUCACACCGUUGGGCACUCGAAAACUAUCCCCAAACCGCCUUCAAUCAUCGCCAUUCCAGUUAGCACGAUCACAGCUACACGUUGCAUCCGUUCCAUCCCAUCUGCCUUGCCGAGAGAAUGAGUUUGCUACGGUGUAUUCUCAUCUGGAAGUCGCGAUUGCAGAUGGGAGUGGAAGUUGCAUCUACAUUGCUGGUACACCAGGAACUGGUAAGACAGCGACCGUUCGUGAAGUUAUAUCCCGUCUCGAAGACAAUGUGAGGGCGGAUGAGUUGGACGACUUCAUCUUCGUUGAAAUCAAUGGCAUGAAAAUCACUGAUCCCCACCAAUCAUACAGCCUUCUCUGGGAGGCGUUAAAGGGGGAACGUGUCAGCCCAUCGCAAGCCAUCGACCUCCUAGAACGAGAGUUUAACAACCCCAGUCCUCGCCGCACGCCAUGUGUUGUCCUAAUGGACGAGCUGGACCAACUGGUGACGAGAAAUCAAAGCGUCAUGUACAACUUUUUCAACUGGCCAGGACUCCGGCACAGUAGGCUCAUCGUUCUAGCUGUCGCUAAUACCAUGGACCUUCCUGAGAGAACCCUCAGCAACAAGAUUAGUAGUCGCAUAGGCCUUACACGAAUCACGUUUCCGGGGUACACACACCAGCAACUGAUUCAAAUUAUACAGUCCAGGCUGGAGGGAGUACCUGGGGACCUGGUUUCCCCGGAUGCUAUUGGCUUUGCCAGUCGAAAGGUGGCCGCUGUCAGCGGUGAUGCCCGGAGAGCCCUGGACAUCUGUAGACGAGCCGUCGAACUCGCCGAGUCCGAUUCCCGUACUGGACCCGACAUGACUAGUCGAGAGGCACGUAGAACUGGCAAUCAGACAACGGCAAAGGUCACUGUGGACAUCAUCAGAAAAGCCAUUGGUGAAGCCACCACGAACCCAAUACAGCAGUACUUGCGUUCGUUGGCGUUCGCACCCAAAUUACUUCUGAGUGCCUUGCUGGUCAAAAUUCAAAGAAACGGCACUGUUGAGACAACAUUCGGCGAUGUUAUGGACGAGAUGUAUCGUAUAAUGAAAAUUGACACUGGAGGCCUAGACCCCGGCCUUGUUGCGGCAAUGGUAAGUGGCUCGUCAGGAAUCGAUCUGGGCCCAAGCAGGGAAAGUGCUCGGGUAAUGGAAGCCAUGGGACUUCGCCAUGCGGCAAUGGAGUUGGUUGGCGCAGGCAUCAUUGUCCUAGAGUCGCAGAGGGCCGAGAGACCGAGUAAGAUGCGCCUUGCAGUUGGAGAUGAGGAACUCAAGAUGGCGUUCCGAGAUGACGGUGAGGUCAAGGCCCUUGGUCUAUUUUUCUAG